UGGUACGGUUCGUGUGGGAUUAUUUUUCGAACACGUGUCGUGCCCAGUGCAAAGUGUUGCGGAGGCGCGGAACAAGCUGGAGGGUCUCCAGGUGAGGCCCUCGAGGAGCCCGUUCGUCGUGCGCGGAUAACCCCGGAACGCUGGACACGGACGAGGACACGGAUGGUGAACGACGCGAUGAGCGAGUACGAACGAAUCAAGCGUUCGUGCUUGAAACGAGGAGAGCUCUGGGAGGACCCGGAGUUCCCAGCGACCCAGGCCUCGGUCUUCUACCACCAGACCCCGCCGUUCCAGUUCCAAUGGAAGAGGCCGAAGGAGCUGUGCAAUCGGCCGAUCUUCGUCAGCGACUCCCCUGCACAGUUCGACGUCGUCCCCGGGAAAAUGGGUGACAAGUGGCUGGUGUCUUGUCUGGGGGUGUUGCACCUGAGCAAGGGCCUCUUCUACCGGGUUGUGCCUGCUGACCAGGGUUUCGGAAAUACCGGUGAGCCGACCGGCUCUUCGGGGACGUCCGAGUACGCGGGGGUCUUCAGGUUCCGGUUAUGGUGGUGCGGUGCCUGGGUAGAGGUCCUGGUGGACGACCGACUGCCCGCCGUCCACGGGCGUCUCGCCUUCAUCCAGAGUCCUCACACCGAUCAGUUUUGGCCGGCCCUGCUGGAGAAGGCGUACGCAAAGUUGCACGGCUCGUACGAGGCCCUGAAGUACGGCACUCUGUUGGACGGCCUGUCCGACCUGACGGGAGGCAUCACCGAGAGCAUAGCCAUCCGGCAGGAUCCCACGGGUUGCGGCAGAGCCCUGGCGAAGCUCUUAGACAUGACCUCGCUUAUCACCUGCACGGUUAACAACAGCCAACAGAUCCGGGCCAGCACCGAGAAGCUGGCGAACGGCAUCCAGAUGGGAAUCAAUUACAGGCUGUACGCCAUAGAACGAGUGGAGACCUUCGGCGGCGAGGCGGUGCAGCUGGUGAAGCUGAGGAACCCCCUCGGUCCUGGGGGCGAGUACGUCGGUGCCUGGGCAAGGGGAAGCCUCGAAUGGGACGAGGUUCCUCCUGUUGAGAGGGAUCGACUCGCUGUAAGGAACAUGGCCGAUGGGGAGUUCUGGAUCUCGUAUUCGGACUUCGUCAAGACCUUCACGUACCUCGAGGUGGUCCACCUGGACGCCGAGACCUCGAGGGACGAGCCGUCCCUACACAGCAAGCACACCUGGCAGAUGAAGCUCUACCAGGGCAGCUGGAGGAGAGGCGUCACCGCCGGAGGGUGUCGAAACAAUCAAGACACGUUUCACAUAAACCCGCAGCUUCACCUCAUACUCAGCGAGAUGGAGGAGGUGAUCGUGUCCCUGAACCAGCACUCCAUCAUGGAGCCCAAGGUCAUCGGCUUCACCGCCUACACGCUGCCGAAGAACAGCACCGAGUCCAUAAACAAGCUGUUCUUUAAGAAGAAUAAGUCACUGGUGAAUUCGCAGUAUACGAACAGCCGGCAGGUCAGCCACAGGUGUCAGCUGGAACAGGGUGGCUACCUCCUGGUGCCCACCACCUUCGAGCCCACCCAGGAGACCAGCUUCACCCUCAGGGUGUACAGCAGCAUGCCUCUGAAACUGAAGUUGCUGGACACGCCUCCGACAUUGAUGAAGUCGGCCAUCGUCAAGGCUCCCGCGUUGGAAGGCAAAGGGUUCUCCCAGUACGAGGCCGUCUUCCUCCAGCUGGCCGACGAGCACAAGACCGUUAAUGCUUUCGAACUCCAGGAACUCCUGGAAGCCUGCCUUCCUAAUGACUACAUCAAAAGUUGCGCCUGUAUGGAAGUCUGUAGACAAGUAGUCCUGACAAUGGACAGCUCGGGAAGCGGCAGGCUAAAGUUUAACGACUUCAAGGAUCUGAUGUGCAGCCUCAGGUAUUGGCAAGCUGCGUUCAAAAAUCACAACAAGGAGAAAACCGGUAUCCUCAAGGCUGAGAGGCUGCGAGACGCUCUUCUCGAAGUCGGCUUUCAGCUCAACAUGGACAUCCUGUCGAUCCUUAUUCUGCGAUACAUGAGGAAGGACGGCACCCUGAGAUUCGGCGACUUCGUCUCGGCUAUUCUCCACCUCAGCAACGCCUUCGGGAUUUUCGAGAGCAAGGACCCGCUGCAGAACGGGUCGAUUAAACUGAGUCUGUCGGAGUGGCUGCGGUCGUCGUUGAUGUGCUAAGACCUGCUCGGCCCGGUUCUUGUACCUUAAUGGAUUGUAAAUAAUUUUCUAAUGACGACGCUGCGAGGAGACGGAAGUAGGAACGCUGGCCAUAUUAACGAGUAUUCGCGCCCGUCCCAUUAAUUGUAUAAUAGUGCCGUUACUUCUCACGUUACGAUUGGCAGUCGAGAUAUUAUGUAUAAUAAGACCCAUGUAUCUAUAGGCGAGAAAUCGAACUGGAUAAUAAAGUUAAGUUUAUUUUCUAUA